UUCCACCGUCGUCCGCAGGGAGCAGCCGACGUGAGCAGCCAGUGUGCGACCGACUGCGCGAUCGCCGACGUGAGUCCGCGUGUGUUAUCUCGGCUGCUGCGACCUUUUCCACCUUCCUGUCUCUUUCUCUCCCUCUCCCUUGCACACACACUCUCUUUCCCUCUAUCGCUCUCUGUCCUUCUCUCUCCAGGAUAAAAAAGGAAGAGAAAGAGACAAAAAAACCGGGAGCGCGCGGAUAUCUCGCUCGCUUGGGAGAAGUCGCGUUCGAAUUCUCUGACUUGAAGAUACGCGAAAACGAGAUCGCCGAUCCGGGCGAUCCGCCGGCUCGACGACGAUGGCUAUGACGAGUGCGCGGUGAUCCAGCUCUCUUUAGUGCGUGCGUGUCCAUCUGUGUGUCCGCCGUAUUGUGUGGUGCGUUCAUCGCGGGGACGGUGAUGCUGUUGGCCGAUCAGCGGUGAAGUGAUAUCGCCGCGACCGCGAGCUACUCUCACUGUCAGCGUCCGUCGUCGGGAGGCGCGAUCAUGAUUGUGUACCUCCUCCUGCUGUUGAGCCUCUUGCCGGCGUCGUAUCAGGCACAAUGGCGGCCCUGCAUCGAGCUGAAGCGAGACCUGUUGGUGCCCUGCAAAUGCGCCAUCUCCACGGAUUACCCGAGAUCGCUCGAGAUGGACUGCGACAGAGUAGUCUUCACGCGGGACACUAUCAACGUCCUGCGUGGUCAACCGGUCGUGUCGGUCAGUCAAAGGCACUGCGGCUACCAGACUCUACCGGAGGACAUCGUCAAUUCCGGCCUGAACCUGCGGAAGCUCGACCUCUCGAGUAAUUCGAUCUACCGGCUGAUGGAUCGGCUGCUGCAGGUGCAGUCGCAACUGCGCGAGCUGCGACUCGCCGAUAAUCUGCUGGGCGACAGUCUGAACCCGAUCUUCUCCAGCAACGAGUUCCACGGCAUGAACGAGCUUGAGAUUCUCGAUCUCAGUAGGAACGGCCUGCGCAGUAUCGAAGAGGGCAUUCUCAAGGGGUGCGACAAUCUCGAGGAGCUCUACCUCGACGGCAACAACCUGACCGCGGUGCCCGCUGCCUCGUUGAAGGGGCCGCGCGCCAUCAGGGUGCUCUCUUUGUCUGGGAACAACAUCGGUUCUCUUCCACGAAAUGCUUUCACGAGUCUAGGUGAAUCGCUCCUACGACUGGAUCUCAGCAACAACGAAUUGUCUCACAUGGAGGACGGUGCUCUCUCUGGCGUCCAACACUUGCUAUUCUUCAACAUCUCGCACAAUUCCCUCAAUCGAUUCAACAGCGACGUCUUCAGAGGGGCAUUCAGUCUGCUGCAGCUGGAUCUCUCGGCUAACUUCCUCCGGGAGUUUCCCACCGACGCGUUAAGACACUUAACGGACCUGAAAUUCUUGAAUAUAUCCAACAACCUCAUCACCGAAAUAGAACGGAUACAUCUGACAGGCUUGACCGAGCUGCAAGUAUUGGAUCUCAGCCGGAACAACAUAGGCCGGCUCGGGGUCAAUACGUUCUCCAGUCUUUCCGCUCUCACGAGGCUGGAUCUGAGCCUGAACGCGCUGCGCACGAUCGAAGAAUCGUCCUUCGAGGGCCUGACAAAGCUAAAAUGGCUGUCGCUGCAAGACAACAACAUUCUCUUGGUACCGGCCGCGGCGCUCACGCGAUUACCUUCAUUGGCGCACCUGCACGUACAGUUCAACCGCAUCGCCGCGUUAUCUACCGAAUUGAUCCGUGCCACAUCCACGAAUCUCGUGACACUAGGCCUUACGCGCAACCUCGUCCGCGAAAUUCCGCCGAGACUUUUCUACAACUUCGAGAACCUCAUCAGCAUCGAACUGUCUGGCAACAUGCUGUCCAUGAUCUCGCAGAACACAUUCGCCGGCUUGGAGGACACCCUGCUGAACUUGGACGUAUCGUACAACCGACUGACCGCCAUCACCGAGCUACCUCUGCGGAAUCUACUGUCGCUCAACCUGGCGGGCAAUCAACUGAAGCGCGUGUCACCGGAGACUUUCAAGUAUCUGCACCGGUUGCAAUAUCUGAAUCUCAGCAGCAAUCCGUUAUACGGCGGCUUCCCGCCGAUCUUCCCGUCCUCCCUGAUCAACCUCGACAUCUCACACACGGACCUGAGGAUCUUGCCGACCGUGUUACUGCUGAACCUCGAGUCCUUGGAGAAGAUCUCCCUUGCCGGGAAUCAGUUGCAGGAGAUUGACGAGGGCACGUUUCAACAUUUGUACAAUCUCACCGCGAUCGAUCUCUCGUACAACAUGAUCGAGCGCAUCGACAACGGCGCGUUCGUUGGCCUGAUAAAUCUCUACUCGUUGAAUCUGCGCGGCAACAGUCUCACAUCUUUCGUUGGCGAGCAUUUCAAUACCGGGACCGGCCUGGAGGUGCUCGAUCUCUCGAACAAUCACAUUAGCCAGUUGUCACCCACCGCCUUCGUCAUUCAUCCGCGACUCCGGCGACUGGAUCUGUCGGAUAAUUACUUCGUCCACUUUCCCAGCGACUUCGUCAAGUCGCUGCAGUUCCUUGAGCGGUUGGAUCUGUCGCGUAACGCGUUGCGUCACGUGCACGAGUUUGCGUUCUCGCAGAUGGGACGUCUGCAUGUACUAAAUCUAUCUGGUAAUCAGAUCGAGUCGGUAGACGAAUUGGCCUUCCACAACUCUACGCAGCUGCAAUCGCUAGAUCUCUCCGGCAACGUACUCGAGACACUAAGCGAACGCACGAUGGAGGGUCUGCUGCGGCUGGAGUCUUUGGAUCUACACGACAAUCGACUCACCUCGUUGCCCGAGACCAUCUUCGAUCCGUCCAGGAUUCGCGCGGUCGAGAGAGUCGACCUGUCCGGCAAUCGCUUCAACGAGAUACCGAUCCGCGCGCUACAACGACAGUCGUCGUCGUUGAUCGGCUUGCGGAUGGCGCGAAAUAGAAUGGUGGAAGUGUUCACACAGGACAUUGUUAACAACGUGAAGGAACUCGACCUGUCUGAGAACCCGCUCAGUGAGAACGCGAUCCGCGGCAUCCUAGGCGAGGCGAAGAUCCUGCGAUCGUUGAAUCUCGCAGGCACUGGCAUCAGGACAAUGCCGCGGCUGGAGACGCCGUUCUUGAAGCACCUGAAUCUAUCCAGUAACGCUAUCACGGACAUCAAACCGACCACGUUGGAACGCACCACGAUGUUGGAAACUUUGGACGUGUCGCAGAAUCGCCUAGCGGACUUCUCGAAUCUAAUCAACACCUUCAAGAUCUUGCCGGUGCUGUGGAGUUUAGACGUGUCUGACAAUGAGAUGAGGACCGUCAACGAGACCAGCUUCGACGGUUUGGGCGCGCUGCGCGCUUUGCGAAUGGCCAAUCUACUGAACUGCACACGAAUUGAAAGGAACGCGUUCAAGUCGCUGACGAGACUCCACUCUUUGCACGCCUACAACUACCCCAAACUGGGCUACUUUGACGUGCAAGGUAUCCUUAAAGGUCUAGCAAGCCUGGAGACAUUAGACAUCGAAAUUAAAGACUCGUCAGUGGGCAAUGAGCAGUUAUCUGUACGCACUCAUCCACACCUGCGAGAGCUGACGUUACGUGGUGAAAGGUUGCGCAACGUGCUCUCGAGUUCAUUGGUCGGUGUUCGCGGCCCACGACUGUUUUUGGGUCUCAAGGACACGUCCGUGGACUCGAUACCGACCGCCUUGUUCUUCCCGGUGCCACGCUCCACGCAGGUUGAGCUCGACGUCUCCGGCAGCAAGUUCAGUAAUCUACCGGCACAGCUGUUGGCUGCCUUGGACGAGCGCGGCGGUUCCGUGAGAAUCACGGGCCUUGACAGCAAUCCGAUCAACUGCAGCUGCGAGGUCAAGCACCUGUGGCGAUGGCUGAAGUCGUGGGGCAACAAAGCGCCUGUCAUCAUCUGCUCCAGUCCUGAUUAUCUCGCCGACAUGACGCUAAGCAACCUCACAGAGGAGUAUCUCUCAUGCGAACGCGCGACACCUACCAAACCGCAGACGACUGAAACCACACCGUCCACGAGGUCAACCACAUCCGAGCCCGAGAUCAUCUGGACUGUGGCACCGACGGUGCAGAAUAGUCGGAACAAACAUUACAAUAACGAUCACACGGGUACUUCAACUAUGGGCAAUAUGUCGAGCACCGACGACACUCUGAUCAUCGGCAUCGUCGGUGGCGUGGUGGCGUUCAUUGCGAUUAUCGUCAUCGUGAUCUGCAUCUGCCGGCUCAGGUGGAGCAGCCAGAUGAACGAGGCGCGGAUGGCGGCGGUGGCGUCCAGCAUCCACGAGGCGUCGAUGAUCAGACCGGCCAGCGCUUAUUCGGGUAAGAUCAACCAUGAUCUCUACGUGGGAUCGUACAACGGCUCAACUCUGGGACGAGGUAACGGCUCAGUGCCAGCCACUCCGGUGCAGAUGAUGCCGUAUGUGCAACCGAUGCAUGUGAUGCACACCAUGGGUCCGCCGCCGCCACCUUCGCAGCAGAUCUACGGAUAUUACGAUAACUCGCCGCUACCUGUUUACGUCGGUUGCCCGUCGGAGAGCAAGUUAGACAGAUAAUCGACGUCGAUCGGUCGCUGGACUACGCGAGCGUCCAAAAAAGUUGAUGACGAUGACGCAAAAUAUGCGAAUCUGAGUAAAUUUUGUAUUCUGAUCUAAAGGGUUUUUUUCCUGUGGUGUUAAUAUAAACAAAGCAGUUUUCAAAUAGAAAUACGCCGACGAAUGAAAUGUGUAUUUCAAGGAAGAAGAUUUUGGAAUUAAUCUAAUAUUUAUAUAUUUUGAAAAAGAGAAGGACCGUGUGUCUGUCUCUUCAGUUUCCAAGAUCUUAGAGUUUGUUGGAAUUUAAGAAUAACGUGCAAUUCUAUAUUGAUUUAUUAAUUAAUUGAUACAAUUUGUUUGAUUAAUCAAGCUAAAUUAAUACUCGUCAAGUCAUAUCAGUAUUUCAUUAAUUAAUAAAUAAAUGAAUGAAUUAAUUAAUAAUGUGAAUUGAUAGCUAGUUUAAUUAUCAUUUUAGUGAUUCGGGAACGAGACUCCCGCAGUUGAGCUUGCAAGAGUUUUGAAGAUUUUGAAACGUUCACAAGAUUUUCAUAGCUAUAAACUAAAGAGAUGGACACGCUGAUCGUUUUUCUUUUAAGAUACAACUAUAACUUAUCGAUAUUUAAUUAAUUUAUCUAGAUUCUGGUUUUUGAGGCGUCUUCAGAACAUCUUUUUGACUCUCGUAUCGUUCAGGUCGCAUAUUGAUCUAUAUACCUCACUGAACACGUGUCGAUCGAUGGCAUAAAUAUGACAUCGAAGAAUUUCGGGCGGAUAAGUCGCGAAAUAACGUGUCGUGCAACGCGAAAAAACUGAAAAAUCCAAAUCUGCAUGAGAAAAUUCAAUCACUAAUCACUCAUCACCCGUACUUUCUUCAGUACGUUUGACGAGCUCGUUAUUAGCGCUAUUUAAAACUACCGUGUCAUUCAAUUCUUUGUCAUUGUAUAUCUAAAAAACGAUAAAGAUAGAAUAACAUUGGUAACGCGUUUUCCGAACGCACCUUAUAAACUUAGAACAUAUAUAUAUAUAUAUAUAUAUAUAUAUAU